CGUCGAAUGGAGGAGGAGGAGGAGGAGGCGAGUCCUAAACCGCAGCAGCGUGUUGUUGCGACGCUGCGUGGCACUGCUUGCUUAGGACUGCCUAUGAUUUGCGAACACCCCCCCCAACCACCCCCAACCACCACCACGCCACCAGCAGCACCUCCGACGCACAUGGCCGAACCCUGCCUCCGUCAGCGGGGCUGAGCUAGUUGCUACCAGCCGGCCGGAGCGGCGAGCUAAACUACCGUCAAACACCCAACCCACCCGCUUCAUCAACCGACCUCCCAUGGGUGUCGCUGCCGGGAACGUCCUGACUCGUCGUCCGGUGCGGCAAACCACCGCAGAGUCGCUCGGCACGGGCCACCGGAGAGAUCGUGUGUCGGCCGGGAAGCGGGACUUGAGGACGCGGCCGCUGAUGUGAUGCCAGAGUCGGGCAGUAAAACAAAGGUCCGAGUGUAAGGAAAAGCCUCCAGAUUGCGGUGCAGUGCGGCCUGACGCAUUUCGGCCAUCCCGCCAUGUUCCGGAACAGCUUGAAGAUGCUGCUCACGGGGGGCAAGGCCAACCGCAAGAGUCGCAGCAGUGAUGGCGGGAGCGAGGACCUGGCAGACCCCCGCUCGCCCUGUUUAGACCCUCACCUGAGCCACUUCGGCCAAGGUGGCAGCUUAGACGGCGACUGCGCCUUCGAGCCCGACUACUACAGCGCGUUACCGCCGCCUCCGCCGCUCUCCAUGGCCGAGGGCGUCCAGCAUAUUCGCAUCAUGGAGGGCGUGUCGCGCUCGCUGCCCUCGUCGCCGCUGCUCGGCCACCAGGCACUUGGAGUCCGGCUGCAGGCCGUCAAGAAGCUCACAGCCCCUCUGCGGAAAGCAAAGUUCGUGGAGAGCCCUCGCGUUCCGCAAUCGGAGCUCGGCUCCCCCGACCCAGCCUGGAAUUCCCACCUGGAUAGAUUGUGCCCAGGGGAGUCGAGCCAGGAGCUGGGCCCCCCUCCCACGGUGGAUGAGGCCGCCAACACAUUGAUGACGCGCCUGGGCUUCCUUCUGGGAGACAAAGCGAGCGAGGGGCCAGCCGGUCCCCACUACAGCAUGGAGGAGCCCGAGGCCAGACAGGGCCAGAACCAGCGCAUCAGCCCAUGCUCCACGCUGACCAGCAGCACCGCAUCACCCCCUGCGGGAAGCCCCUGCUCUACCUUGCCCACCGCCAUGUCGGGCCAGGCGGGCACAAGGGAGUGCGCCUACGGCUCGGUCACCAGCCCCACCUCCACACUGGAGAGCCGCGACAGCGGAAUCAUCGCCACGCUGACCAGCUACUCCGAGAACAUGGAGCGCUGCGGCAGCAAGCACGGCGGCGGCGGCGGCACAGAGGGCUCGCGCGGCAACCUGAAGCUGUGGCAGUCGCAGAAAUCAGGCAUGGACUCCUUCCUAUACCGCGUGGACGAGAACAUGACGGCGUCCACGUACAGCCUCAACAAGAUCCCUGAGCGCAGCCUGGAGAGCAUGUCCUCGCACUCGGCCCACUCCAUCCCCUUGUACCUCAUGCCCCGACCCAAUUCUGUGGCCGCCACCAGCUCGGCCCACCUGGAGGACCUGGCCUACCUUGACGAGCAGAGGCACACCCCCUUGCGCACCUCGCUGCGCAUGCCCAGACAGAGCACCACCUGCGGGCCUGGCCGCUCAGGGCAGGACCUCAGAGGUUCCGCAAACAACUCCCAUGCCUGGCAGUCGCAGUCACCAGUACGUUUUGCGCCGUACCGGCCCCAAGACAUCACCCUGAAACCGCUGCUUUUUGAAGUGCCGUCCAUCACGGUGGACUCCGUGUUCACUGGCCGCGAGUGGCUCUUCCGGGAGAUCGACGGUCACCUCAAUCAUCCCGGCAGCAGCCGAGGCGUGGUGGUCGUUGGCAACAUCGGCUUUGGCAAGACGGCCAUCGUCUCUCGCCUGGUGGCGCUCAGCUGCCAUGGCACGCGCAUGCGACAGAUCGCCUCUGACAGCCCGCAGGCCUCGCCUAAACAUGGCGAGGGGCUCCCUCUCAGCCAGCCACAGCCCACGCAUGGCACGCUGGGGGGAGGCAGCUGUCCUGGGACCCCUGAGAUGAGGCGGCGCCAGGAGGAGUCCAUGAGGAGACUUGCCUCUCAGGUGGUGGCAUACCAUUACUGCCAAGCGGACAAUGCCUACACUUGCCUGGUGCCCGAAUUUGUGCACAACGUGGCGGCGCUGCUGUGCCGCUCGCCUCACCUGGCGGCCUACCGGGAGCAGAUGUUGCGCGAGCCACACCUGCAGAGCGUGCUGAGCCUGCGCUCCUGCGUCCAGGACCCCUUGGCAUCCUUCAGGAGGGGCGUACUCGAACCCUUGGAUGCUCUCUACAAAGAGAGGAAGAUCAACUCAGAGGAGGACCUGAUCGUCCUCAUCGAUGGCCUGAACGAAGCCGAGUUCCACAAGCCCGACUACGGCGACACCAUUGUCUCCUUCCUCUGCAAGACCAUCCACAAGUUCCCCCCCUGGCUCAAGCUGGUCGUCACGGUGCGGACCACCUUGCAAGAGAUCACCAACCCGCUGCCGUUCCACCGCAUCUCGCUGGAUGGCCUCGAGGAGAACGACGCCAUCGAUCAGGACCUGCAGGGUUACAUCCUGCACCGCAUUCACAGUAGCCUGGAGAUCCAGAACAACAUCUCGCUCAACGGCAAGAUGGACAACACCACCUUCGGCAAACUCAGCGGACACCUCAAGGCCCUCAGUCAGGGCUCCUACCUGUACCUCAAGCUCACCUUUGACCUUAUUGAGAAGGGCUACCUGGUCCUCAAGAGCUCCAGCUACAAGGUGGUUCCGGUCAACCUGGCCGAGGUGUACCUGCUGCAGUGCAACAUGCGCUUCCCCACGCAGUCGUCGUUUGAGCGGGCGCUGCCUCUGCUCAACGUGGCUGUGGCCUCGCUGCACCCGCUCACCGACGAGCAAAUCUACCAAGCCAUCAACGCCGGCUCGCUGCAGGGUACGCUGGACUGGGAGGACUUCCAGCAGCGUGUGGACAACCUGUCCGUCUUCCUGGUGAAGAGGCGGGACGGCACCCGCAUGUUUGUCCACCCGUCCUUCCGGGAGUGGUUAAUAUGGCGCGAGGAAGGCGAGAAGACCAAGUUCCUGUGUGAUCCCAGGAGCGGCCACACCCUGCUGGCCUUCUGGUUCUCGAGGCAAGAGAACAAGCUGAACCGGCAGCAGACAAUCGAGCUGGGCCACCACAUCCUCAAAGCACAUAUCUUCAAGGGUCUCAGUAAGAAAGUGGGCGUGUCCUCGUCCAUCUUGCAAGGCCUAUGGGUGUCCUACAGCACGGAGGGCCUGUCGGCAGCUCUCUCGUCACUGAGGAACCUCUACACGCCCAACAUCAAGGUGAGUCGGUUGCUGAUGCUGGGCGGGGCCAACGUCAACUACCGUACGGAGGUGCUCAACAAUGCUCCCGUGCUGUGCGUCCACGCCCACCUGGGCUACAUGGACAUGGUGGCCCUGCUGCUGGAAUUCGGCGCCUAUACCGACGCACCCUCCGAGAGUGGCCUGACGCCUCUUGGCUAUGCCGCCGCCGGGGGUCACAUGGCCAUCGUGACGGCGUUGUGCCGCAUGAGAGCCAAGGUGGACCACCUGGACAGGAACGGGCAGUGCGCGCUGGUGCACGCCGCCCUCCGGGGCCACAUGGAGGUGGUAAAGUUCCUCAUCCAGUGCGACUGGAGCGGCGGGUCGGCGCAGCACUCGCCGCAGACCCAGCAGCAGGCCACCUUCACCAAAAGCCACGCCGUCCAGCAGGCCCUCGUCGCUGCCGCCAGUAUGGGCUACACCGAGAUUGUGUCCUACCUGCUGGACUUGCCGGAGAAAGACGAGGAGGAGGUGGAGCGGGCACAAAUCAACAACUUUGACUCGCUCUGGGGCGAGACAGCUCUGACGGCAGCCUCGGGUCGGGGCAAGCUGGAAGUGUGCCGCCUGCUGCUGGAGCAAGGUGCCGCUGUGGCCCAGUCCAAUCGGCGAGGCAUCGUGCCGCUGUUCAGCGCCGUCCGACAGGGCCACUGGCAGAUAGUGGACCUUCUCCUGACACACGGAACCGACGUCAACUUGGCGGACAAACAGGGCCGCACGCCGCUCAUGAUGGCCGCCUCGGAAGGACACUUGGGAACGGUGGAGUUUUUGCUCUCGCAAGGAGCUUCCCUUUCUCUGACGGACAAGGAGGGUCUGACGGCGCUCAGCUGGGGUUGUCUCAAGGGUCACCUGCCGGUGGUCCGAUGCCUGGUGGAAAGCGGAGCCGCCACCGACCACGCCGACAAAAACGGCCGAACGCCGCUCGACCUGGCCGCCUUCUACGGCGACUCUGAUGUGGUCCAGUUCUUGGUGGACCACGGCGCCAUGAUCGAGCACGUGGACUACAGCGGCAUGCGUCCUCUGGACCGGGCAGUGGGCUGCAGGAACACGUCGGUGGUGGUGGCCCUGCUGAAAAAAGGCGCCAAGAUAGGAUGUCAGACACUGCCCAGUCGGCCCCGAGGUCCGGCCACGUGGGCAAUGGCCACCUCCAAACCCGACAUCAUGAUCAUCCUGCUCAGCAAACUCAUCGAGGAGGGCGACGGCUUCUACAAGAAGGGGAAGGUGAAGGAGGCAGCACAACGCUACCAGUACGCACUCAAAAAGUUCCCGCGCGAAGGCUUCAGCGAGGACCUCAAGACGUUCAGGGAGCUCAAGGUUUCGCUCUUCCUCAACCUGUCCCGAUGUCGCAGGAAAAUGAACGACUUUGGGAUGGCUGAGGAAUUUGCUACCAAGGCCCUUGAACUGAAACCGAAAUCCUUCGAGGCCUACUAUGCCAGGGCCCGGGCUAAGCGUAGUAGCAGGCAGUUUCCCGAAGCCUUAGAGGACCUGAACGAAGCCAUGAAGCAGUGCCCCAACAACCGAGAGAUCCAGCGGCUGCUGCAACGCGUGGAGGAGGAGUGUCACCAGCUGAGCCAGGGGGAGCUCCAGCCUCCAGACCUGGAACUGGAGCCUCCCCCCUCCCCGCCUCCGACGCCUCCCCCAGAGGACGAAGAGUGCCUGUCCCUCCCCAUGCCUCUCCUGCCUCCCCCGGAGCCCCGUCUGGAGGACAUGGAGCCUGUCCAGGAUCUCUUUGAGGAUGAGGACUACCUCGAGCAGGAGCUUGAGGCCAUGUCCAUGGGUCUGCCCCCACCGGAUUCCCUCAGCAAUCCCUCCAGUCUCCCCAUCAUCCAGAGCCCUCCACUGUCCCCCACACACGCAGACCAGAUCUACCGACCUGGAGGUUCUCCGAUGGGGCAGCCUUAUGAGUACCACCCCACCUCCUCCUCCAUGUCCUCCCCUACCCAUGGGUCUUACCAGACCACACCGCCCUCCCUCUCCCCGACACAUCACAACUCUCACUAUCGACACAGCCCGCCGCACACCUCCCCGGUGCAACAGCCGUCCUACCGCUUCAGCCCGCCGCCCGUGGGCGGCGGCGGGCAGGGGAUGGACCGCCAGAGCCCGCCGCCGUCUCCUCUGCGCCGGGCUGCCCAGUACAGAGCCAGUCCGCCAGUGGACAGCGUUUGCCUGUACAGAUCUCAGUCGGGCUCGCCUGUGCGCUACCAGACAGAGCAGCACCCCGGUCGGCCCAAAUCACCCCUGUCCAAAAUGAGCAGCCAGCGCUCCUUCCAGCUCAGCUCUCAGCCCUCGCUGUCGUCCCAGCACCACCAAGCCCAAGGCCUUCGUCUGCAGCCCUCCAUCGCCCAAAUCGUGCGCACAAACCAGCCCGGCAGCGUGAUGGGCAACAGCGGCUACGGGGGGCAGAUGGGUCAUUCCAUCGGUAGCCGUUACCAGGGCGGUUCGGUGGAUAUGGACAGCCGACUGGUGUACCAGCCCUCGCUGGACGGGCGCUCUAUGUCGCAGGUGCAAGCCAGCCUCAGCUCUGGCGCCCUCUGUCAGCACGGCGGCCGAGGAGGGGUUAUGGAGUCGGGCCUGUUGAAAGACGAGCUACCCCAGCGCCCCUCCUCUGCCUACCGCGCCAGCAGCGGGGGUCCGGCGGGCAUCCGUUACAGUCAGACGCCUCAGAUCAGUCGCAGCCAGUCCGCCGCCUACUACCCGGUCUCUGAGCACGUGCUGGACCGAGCCAAUGCCGUGCCGCCUUGCCAGCUGGGCUCCCCCGAGGUCCCGCAUAUGGUGAGACGCCCCGUCAGUGCCAACACCACCGAGAUAAAGCCGCACGUGCCCACCCCGAGGCCACUCAUCCACUCGCAAAGCGUAGGCCUUCGUUUCUCCCCCUCCAGUAACAACAUCUCCACCGGCUCCAGCUCAAACCUGGCACCGGGCUUCAGGCCAUCCUCCUCCAUCCAGCAAAUGGAGAUCCCCUUACAGGCCACCUACGAGCGGCCUUGCGACGACAUGUCGCCCAUCUCUCCCUCGCAGGGUGGCGGGGGUCUGUAUCAGGGCGAGCCCACCCGCUCCCGUAACACCCCUUUCAUGGGCGUCAUAGACAAGACAGCGCGGACUCAGCAGUACCUGCACCAGCCCUCCCGGUCCCGCGCCAUGACGUCCAUGGACUCUGCAGUCAGCCCCACCUCGCCCGGCCAACUGGUCCAACAGGGGUCCACCUACAGCCCGCCCACCUCGCUGGGAAACAUUGCCUAUUACAACAAGACCAACAACGCGCAGAACGGCCACCUCCUGGAGGAGGACUACUACGCCCAGACACCGCCGCCCUCGCUGGGCAAGCUGGCCAACGGCUCGCGCGGCACCGGGGACAUCCUGGAGCGAGUCAGCCAAGUGCCCACCUACCCGGACGUGAAGGUGGCCAGGACUCUGCCUGUAGCGCAGGCCUACCAGGACAACAUGUACCGCCAACUCUCCCGAGAAUCCCGCACGCAAGGGCCCUCCUCACCCAUCAAACCAAAGAGACCGUUUGUGGAGUCCAACGUGUGACGGCUCGGAUCGCGACGCACAGAAACUCUUAGCAACAGGAAAAAAAAAAA